GGCCCACUUUAAGCCAGAACUUCGGGACCGAGUUUCGGGUGGAAGUGCCAAAUUUUGGUCAAGUCAGCGUUCGAGGAUCGCGACUCCGCCAGAUCCAUACAGAACACACCCACGAUCGCGACCAAUUCGAAACGCAACGUAAGGAUUGCCCGAUUUGACACGAGCUGUAAAGCCCCAUAGGUUGUUCGACUCUUAUCCAUCUGCGCGCGAAACCCACUCUUGAGGCUCACUUGGCGAUUGACCUGCUUCCCAGCAGGGAUCGUGUCGAGUUAAUCACCCACCAUGGCGCAACCAGUCUCGCAAGCAGCCAAGACGGCGUACAGGACGUUCAGAGAGCUUCAUGGCGUUGUUGUUACUGCAGGGACGAUGGACAAGACGGUAAAAGUACGGGUGGGCGGGCAAAAGUGGAAUUCGUUCGUUCAAAAGUUCUUCGAUGACCCUAAAACACACCUCGUCCACGAUCCGAACAACUCGCUCCGCCUUGGCGACGUUGUCGCCAUUACGCCGGGCUGGCGCGUGUCCAAGACAAAGCGACACGUGGUCAAGAGCAUCAUCGCGCCGGGAUCGGGCGUGCCCGUUGAGGAUCGACCGCCCAUUCCAACCGAGGAGGAGCGGCACGCCGAGCGCGCAGCCCGGCGUGCCGCCAAGGAACAACGGCGGAGCAUCAAGAAGAUGGCGGAGCAGGUCGAAAAGCAGCUUGGCAUAACCGAGAUCAUUCUCAGGAGGGCGAGAAAGGAGUUUGCGCUGAGGGCAAGGUUAUUGGGUGUCAGCACUGCUGCUGCUACUCCUGAGGGCAUACCGGUUGGAGACGCCGGGGCGCAGCAAUGAAGGGAUGAUGGGUUGUUGAGGCGGAAAAAGAAGAGGGGCGGAAUAGACAUUUUGGGCGCGUUCUGUCUCGAUAUGACUGAAUCUGCUCCGUGUACAACUCUGGGAGGUUAAUCCUCAUGUAACUGUAUCAACAAGCAAGACAAAUGGCAUGCAAGUACAUAGUUUGGCCUGGCGGCUGAAAUUUCUCGUGCCUGAAACCUCUGGACAUGCCUAGGGAUGAAAAGGGAGCGACCGAAGCUCAGAAUUUCAUGUCUAUCCUCAUU